AUGAUCGUUUGUAUUAGCUCCUUACCUAUAGUCAUUGUUGAAGUUUUUGCUGCUACGGAGGCCCCAAGUACGUACAGACAACUUUUAACCAAAUUUGAACAUGCAUUGGAUUGCGGAAGUGGAAUUGGACGUAUAACAAAACAUUUGCUUCUUCCAAAAUUUAAUUAUGUUGAUAUGGUUGAUUUUGCUGAAACGUUUAUUGAACAGUCAGAGAAAUAUAUUGGUUCUGAAGGAAAUUCUCGUGUUCAAAAUAAAUUUGUCGAAUCCCUCCAUACUUUCAAACCAAGCCCAAAUUUUUAUGAUUUGAUUUGGAUACAAUGGGUGACUGGACAAUUAUCGGAUGAUGAUUUGACUAAUUUUUUGAGGAGAUGUAAGGUUUGUUUAUUUUAUUGUCUCUGGGAAUUUUGGGGUUAGUUGUGGGGAUCUUUUCACGAGUCAAGAAUAGAUAUGAGGUUGGUCACUUUUCUUUUCUGCUUAUAGCUGUUAUUUUAGAAAUUCUGUUAAUUGCUUCG